GCUUGAAACGCCCCCCCCGCGCUGUAGACGGCAGGCACAUGUGAAUGGUGGACCGGACGCUGUACCCGCGAAAGAUCCGCGUCCUUGGCACUAAGGACGACGAGGCUGACGAAAUCACGAUCAUGCAAUUCAACGUGCUUGCGGAUGGGCUGUGCGACUUGCGACAGGACAAGGGGAACUUUGUCCUUGCGCCUCGAGAUUGCCUGCCAUGGACCUAUCGCCGCAACCUAAUUCUCGACGAGAUCUCUCGAUACGCACCAGACAUCAUUUGCCUGGAGGAACUGGACCAUUUUGACUGGAUGCAGACACAAUUGGAUGCGACGGGAUACAGCGGCCACUUUGCCGCCAAGCUCGAGUCCCCUUGCUUUGAGUGCAGCGACCGUCCCGACGGAUGUGCGAUCUUUAUCAAGCGCGCGAAAGGACUUCAAAUCAAGCACAUGUGCACGAUCCGAUUCCACGACGACCGUGGCGCGCCGACGAAUCAACUCGCCUUGAUUGCGCGUAUAUCGCAGGACGGGCUGCCCCUUCUCAUUGUGGCGUGCACCCACCUCAAGUCAACGAAGUCCAAAGCUGGCGAGGCCAUUCGACUUGCCCAAGUCCAGCAACUGCACAAGCACGUCGUCGAUCACGGUGGUGCCGACGACCCGAUGGUGAUUUGCGGCGAUUUCAAUGCGAUCCCCAGCGACAACGACGAGUACGACGCGCUCGCGAUCCCGGCCAUGCUCGACUUUGGCUGGAUCAGCUCGUAUGCUGAAGCCGUGUCCGCUCCAGUGUACACGACAUGGAAAACCCGGUCGCGCGGCGAAACCAAACACGUGAUCGACUAUAUUUUCCACAAUCACAAGCUGAAGCUUCUGCGAGUCGUGGACGCCCCCACGGACGUCGACUCGUCGGGGCUGCCGUCGCGCCGAUAUCCGUCCGACCACAUUGCUCUCGUCGCGACGUUUCAAAUCACGUAGCAGGCGCCAUGAUUGACGUAGCCAGAUGUCGUUGUUUCCCGUCGAUCCUUUUCUCGCAAGAUGAAGACUGGGAUUUGAAUUGUGUGAUGGAAGUAGCACCCAUGUUCCAACCUUUCCAGACCUCUACGUAGAUGUCUCGUUGGAGCGUGCUACUGCCGAAGCGACGGGGAACGCCGCUUGCCCACCCUUGUCGUCCCCUUGCAGUGUGGCAUGGAGCCGCAGCGCGAUGUACAGCUGCAUGGCGACGACCACGUGGAGAUGGAUGCAGCGGGACUCCACACACACACCAAAUGCUAACACAGUCCAAGAGCUGGGCAAGCCAACGUGCUUGCAGCUCUAGUGUGAACACCACGAGAGAAACCUAAAGGGAUGCAAAGGAAAAGAUCGUUUUGGCAAGACGUGACG